GUAUCACACUUUCCCACGGCACCUCUCCCUUGACCUCAAACUUCAGAUUUUUGUUAGGACCAGUUCUGCCUUGGAGAGUGCACUAAACGUUUGCCUGACCACAAGUUCAAGCGGCGUGUUUUGCAUUUUCGUCAAUCCUUCCUAUUUGGGAAGAGCAAUAUCGUCUGUCCCAAACCCACUAGGGCACCAACAUGAUCAUGGAUAACGACAUUCUGCGCGCAUGGCUACUCAUUCACGAGCUGAGCGACCAGCUCGCUCAUAACCAGAAGAUAUCAACUACAAUACAUUCACAAGCAGCUGCAAUUAAAGACCAGGCUAUACACGCCAGCUCAGGUUUUGCUCUGAGGCGCUUUAAUACCGAUAUUUCCAAAGAGGUUUUUGACUCCGAAUUGGAGCGCAUGAACGCCCAAUUCAUUAUUGAGAACCAAACCCUACUUCACGAGAACAAGCAAUUCAGUAUCCUUCUCAAAGAAUAUGAAAGUACUAUGGAAACCAUUAUGUCCAAAUUCCGGAAUCAUGCAUUAGCAGCUCAGCAACACGAGCUUACCCUGACACGCCACUAUGAAGGCCUACUCCUGGCCUGUGACUCUCAGAAUCAGUACGCGGACCUGACUUCCGAAACUAAAACCGCAGUAGGCCUUCAGCGCCUCGCUCACACUCUCCGUGCAUUGCAUCGUUCCAUGUCUGGCGAAGAGCCCGAACUCAAUGAUGAUGGCACCCAAGACUCUCCGAUCGACAUCAAUGCUCUCCUCCAAACAUUAGACCAACAAGCAGAAUCCGAGAUUAGGGACGAUUGGGCCUUGGAGCGCGAAAUUGAAAUUUCCCGCCUGGAAAAGGAGAACGAGGAGCUGCGUAAAAUGCUGGGCAUCGACUCUGCCUCGCUGAGCGAAAAGGGCAUAACACUUGAUCUCGAGCGGGAAGAGAGUGGACGAAUCUACACCUCGCUUUCCGUGGCAUCUCGGAAGCGGAGCGAGUCAUCUUCUUCUGGUUCGCGUAUGAGCCCGUGGUCCUUUGACAUUGAUGUGCCACAAGAGCGGGAGAGCAACCCUUGGAGUGGAUGGGAGUCGCAGCCUCAACAACAGCCCCAGCAACAACCCCUGCCACCGCCGCCGCCUCAACGACAACAAACACAGCAGCGGCUUCAGCCACAACAUCCUCCUCAACUCGGUAGUGGUCUGCGCAUGCAAGAUCCCAUAUACUCCAAUCAGCUACCAUACGCCAAGACCAUGCGACGACCCGCUAAUCUGUUCUCGCCAAAUCCUGGGCCUGCGCCACCAGUAAGCGUGGGCUCAAGCGUGGGUUGGGCGCAGUCGACACCGUCCAAACUUGACCGUUGGACGUCGCCCAAUAUGGCGGAUUUCAACCAUUAAAUCGUGGUAGUUGUUUCGUCACAACGUUGUAUCCCUAGACUCUUGAUACCCUUCUUGCUUUGACAGUACUCUGCUUACUGCGACGUCUAUUCAAUGGCAUAUGAACUACACUGCAUAGUUAUGCUCGGCCCUGGAGUUGUCACAACACGUCAGUUCGAAUGUGCAAUUUGCAAAUGUCGGACAACUACUCUGUGACCGGACACAGACCAAUUUCACUACGAUCGCCCGUCCGUCGGACUGAGUCUCUUUGGAGGGUGGUGACGGUAAUCCGCAGGACAGGUGACUCACAGCAAUGUCUCGAAUCGUAGAACUGGCUUCCAGUGGCUUGCUGUGAUCAAGGCUUCUAAAAUCACCUGCCUUUCACUUGUCACCAUCCUGCCACUAGUGUAACAAGACGUUUU